UUUUCUCCGUGUCUCCUGAUCAGGAGCAGAAAGUAUAAACUAGCGACAAUGAAAGUGGACAGAAGCAAACUCAAGAAAACCCCCACAGAGGCACCUGCCGACUGCAGGGCCCUCAUAGACAAGCUGAAGGCAUGUCACGAUGAACAGCUCCUGCAAGAGCUGCAACAGAUCAAGACAUGGAACAUUGGAAAGUGCGAGCUGUACCACUGGGUGGACCUGCUGGACCGUUUCGACGGGAUCCUGGCAGACGCUGGCCAGACUGUGGAGACCAUGUCCUGGAUGCUGGUCUGUGACCGGCCAGGAAACUGCCAGCUGAAGAGCCUGUUGCUGGCUGUGCUGAACUUCACUGCCCUGCUCAUAGAAUACAGCUUCUCCAGACACCUCUACAGCUCCAUAGAGCACUUGACGAUGCUGCUGGCCUCCUGUGACAUGCAGGUGGUGCUGGCCGUGCUCAACCUGCUCUACGUGUUCAGCAAGAGAUCCAACUACAUCACCAGGCUCGGCUCGGAGAAGAGGGCCCCACUGCUGACCAGACUGCAGCACCUGGCAGAGAGCUGGGGAGGCAAAGACAAUGGGUUCGGACUAGCAGAGUGUUGUAGGGAUUUACCUCUGGUGAAAUACCCCCCCAGUGCGACGACACUACACUUUGAGUUCUACGCAGAGCCGAGCGCCGAGGUCAAAGUAGAAAGAAAGACGACCAGCAACACAGUACAUUACAUCCACAUUGAGCAGCUGGACAAGAUUUCAGAAAGCCCGUCUGAGAUCAUGGAGUCGUUGACUCUCAUGUACAGCAUCCCCAAGGAGAAGCAGAUCCUGCUAUUCACGCACAUCCGAUUGGCUCACGGAUUCUCCAAUCACAAGAAGAGGCUGCAGGCGGUACAGGCCAGGCUGCACGCCAUCUCCAUUCUAGUGUACUCCAAUGCGCUGCAGGACUCUGCCAACAGCAUCUUGUACAACGGCUUGAUCGAGGAGCUGGUGGACGUGCUGCAAAUCACAGACAAGCAGCUCAUGGAUAUCAAGGCCGCCUCUCUGCGCACUCUGACCUCCAUCGUUCACCUGGAGAGGACCCCCAAGCUGAGCAGCAUCAUCGACUGCACUGGCACUGCCUCCUACCACGGCUUCCUGCCCGCGCUGGUCAGGAGCUGCAUCCAGGCCAUGAUCGGUCCUUGGAUGGAGCCCUACCCUCACCAGUUUGCCACGGCGCUCUUCUCCUUCCUCUAUCACCUGGCCAGUUAUGACGCGGGCGGGGAGGCACUGGUGUCCUGUGGCAUGAUGGAGGCCCUGCUCAAGGUGAUAAAGUUUCUGGGGGAUGAACAGGAUCAGAUCACGUUUGUGACGCGGGCGGUGAGAGUGGUGGAUCUCAUCACUAACCUCGACAUGGCUGCCUUCCAGUCUCACACCGGACUGGCCAUCUUCAUCAGCAGACUGGAGCACGAGGUGGAGCUGUGUUGGAAGGAGUGCCCCUUUGUUAUCAAACCAAAGAUCAGUCGGCCCAGCGCAGGCCAGGAGGGGGAGGACAUGGAGACGGACACAGAGGUGUCUGAUGUUGCCAUGGAGAGCAGCCCUGGUCCUUCAACCUCCACAGAGCAGAGAGCCGAGGGGGAGAGUCGAGACCAGGCCAGCGCCAGCCUCGGCUUCACCCCCAGACCAGGAGUCCAGUGCAUCCCUCAGAGAGCUGCUCUGCUCAAAUCCAUGUUGAAUUUCCUGAAGAAAGCCAUCCAGGACCCGGCCUUCUCGGACGGCAUCCGACACGUAAUGGACGGGUCUCUGCCUACCUCACUGAAACACAUCAUCAGCAAUGCAGAGUAUUAUGGACCCUCUCUCUUUCUGCUAGCGACGGAAGUGGUCACAGUGUUCGUGUUCCAGGAGCCCUCUCUCCUGUCCUCCCUGCAGGACAACGGACUCACAGACGUCAUGCUGCAUGCGCUUCUCAUUAAAGACGUCCCUGCCACGCGGGAGGUCCUCGGCUCCUUGCCCAACGUGUUCAGUGCCCUGUGCCUCAACGCCCGCGGGCUGCAGUCCUUCGUGCAGUGCCAGCCCUUCGGGCGGCUCUUCAAAGUGCUCCUCUCUCCAGACUACCUGCCCGCCAUGCGUCGCAGACGCAGCUCCGACCCGCUUGGAGACACAGCCUCGAAUUUGGGCAGCGCCGUGGACGAGCUCAUGAGACACCAGCCAACCUUGAAGACAGACGCCACCACCGCCAUCAUCAAGUUGCUGGAGGAGAUCUGUAACCUGGGCCGCGCUCCGGAGUACAUCUGCCAGAAACCGUCCAUCCAGAAAGCAGACGGCACGGCCACCGUCCCCCCGCCCCGCUCCAACCACGCCGCAGAGGAGGCGUCGAGCGAGGAUGAGGAGGAGGAGGAGGUGCAGAGCUUCAGCACCGCACAGCAAGGGGAGCCCGAGCCCAGCCAGCAGGUUGUGGGAACAGAGGAGAGGAUACCCAUCCCUCUGAUGGAUUACAUUCUGAACGUGAUGAAGUUUGUGGAGUCGAUCCUCAGUAACAACACCACAGAUGAUCACUGCCAGGAGUUUGUCACACAGAAAGGUCUCCUGCCCCUGGUCUCAAUCCUGGGGCUGCCCAACCUUCCCAUUGACUUCCCCACCUCUGCAGCCUGCCAGGCUGUGGCUGGAGUGUGCAAGUCCAUACUGACCCUGUCUCACGAGCCGAAGGUCCUGCAGGAGAGCUUGCUGCAGCUGGACGGGAUCCUGUCCUCUCUGGAGCUCCUUCACCGUCCCAUCGACUCCCCGGGGGGGUCGGUGCUGCUGAGAGAGCUGGCGAGCGCGGGCAACGUGACGAACGCUACGCUGUCGGCCCAGGCCACGCCCCUGCUGCACUCGCUCGCUGCCGCCCACGCCUACAUAGUGAUGUUCGUGCACACCUGCAGAGUAGGACAGAGUGAGAUCAGGGCGAUCUCUGUGAAGCAGUGGGGCUCCCCGCUGGGGCUCAGUGUGCUGAUGAAGCUGAGCCAGCUCUACUGCUCUCUGGUGUGGGAGAGUACAGUGCUGCUUUCGCUCUGCAGCCCAACUAGCCUGCCUGCCGGCUGUGAGUUCGGACAGGCUGACAUGCAGAAGCUGGUCCCCAAAGAGGAGAAGGGAGCAGGGGGCGGCAGCAGUGAGUCUGAGACGGCUGUCCCAGGCACCUCCAGCGCUGUGGAGCCCCCUGCCCAGGGUCUGCUGGAAGGGAUCGGGCUGGACGGGGAUUCUCUGGCCCCCAUGGAGACGGACGAGCCCAGCGCCGCCGACCCCAAGAGCAAAUCCAAACUCACCCCGGCCAUGGCUGCUAGAAUCAAGCAGAUAAAACCCCUGCUCUCCGCCUCGUCUCGUCUGGGCCGCUCCCUGGCUGAGCUCUUUGGUCUCUUGGUGAAGCUGUGUGUGGGCUCCCCCGUGAGGCAGCGACGCAGUCACCACGCCCCCAGCGCCACGACCGCGCCCACCCUGGCGGCCCGCUCCACCGCCUCCUCCCUCACCAAGCUACUCGCCAAGGGGCUGUCCUGGCAGCCUCCCCCCUACACGCCCACCCCGAGAUUCAGGCUGACCUUCUUCAUCUGCUCGGUGGGGUUCACGUCCCCCAUGCUGUUUGACGAGCGGAAGUACCCCUAUCACCUCAUGCUGCAGAAGUUCUUCUGUUCUGGGGGUCACAACGCCUUGUUUGAGACCUUUAACUGGGCUCUGUCGAUGGGUGGGAAGGUGCCAGUCUCCGAGGGGCUGGAGCACUCUGAUCUCCCGGACGGUACAGGAGAGUUCCUGGACGCCUGGCUCAUGCUGGUUGAGAAGAUGGUGAACCCUACGACUGUGCUGGAGUCUCCCCACUGUCUCCCUGCCAAGCUCCCCGGAGGGGGCCCCAACCAGCCCCAGUUCAGCGCCCUGCGUUUCCUCGUCGUCACGCAGAAGGCUUCGUUCGACUGCAUCAGAAACCUGUGGAACCGCAAGCCUCUCAAGGUGUACGGGGGGCGCAUGGCCGAGUCCAUGCUGGCCAUCCUGUGCCACAUCCUGAGAGGAGAGCCGCUGAUCCGGGAGCGCCUGGCCAAAGAGGAGGAGGGGACCCGGGGGCCCGGCGACGAGGAAGGGGGAGCGGCACCGGAGGAGGGGGCCGCACCGAGGAGGGAGCCCCUGGUCAACCAGCCCCAGCUCCAGCAGCUCAUGGACAUGGGAUUCUCCCGGGAGCACGCCAUGGAAUCUCUCCUGAACACCAGCACCAUGGAGCAAGCGACAGAGUACCUGCUGACACACCCACCGCCUUUACUGGGAGCAGUAGCGAGGGGGGACAGGCAGCGCCAGCAGGAGGACCUGAGUUUGUCCGAAGAGGACCAGAUGAUGAGAGCUAUAGCCAUGUCUCUGGGUGAGGACAUGUCCAUGGAGCAGCAGUCUGACUCUCCCGAGGACGCGUCCCGUCGUCAGGAGGAGGAGGAGCGGAGAGCCCGUGAGAAGCAGGAGGAGGACGAGGCGCGCUGCCUGGAGAAGUUCCAGUGCGUGGAGCCCCUGGGGGCUGAGGAGCUGCACUCCUUUACCGACACCAUGCUGCCCGGCUGCUUCACCCUGCUGGACGAGCUACCGGACACAGUGUACCGCGUGUGUGACCUCAUCAUGACCGCGGUCAAGAGGAAUGGGCUGGAGUACAGGGAGAUGAUCCUGAGACAGGUGGUCAACCAGGUUUGGGAGGCAGCGGACGUGCUGAUCAAAGCCGCCCUGCCCCUCACCACUAGCGACACCAAGACAGUGUCGGAAUGGACCAGCCAGAUGGCCACGCUGCCACAGGCCUCCAGCCUGGCCACGAGAAUCCUGCUGCUGACCUUGCUGUUCGAGGAGCUGCGUCUCUCGUGUGCCCGCGUCGUGGAGAGCAGCGGGGUCCUCGAUGUCCUGAUCAAGCUUCUGGAAGUGGUACAGCCCUGCCUGCAAGCUGCCAAAGAGCAGAAGGAGGUGCAGACUCCCAAGUGGAUCACCCCAGUCCUGCUCCUCAUUGAUUUCUAUGAGAAAACUGCCGUGUCUUCGAAGAGGAGGGCACAGAUGAACAAAUACCUCCAGCCCAACGGUAAUAACUGGCGCUGGUUUGAUGACCGCUCGGGCCGCUGGUGCAGCUACAGCGCCGGCAACAACGGGACCAUCGACGCGGCCUGGCGCUGUGGGGAGAGCAGCGCGAGGUUCACAGCGGGCCGGCGCCGCUACACCGUGCAGUUCAACACCAUGGUGCAGGUGAACGAGGAGACUGGGAACCGACGGCCUGUGAUGCUGACUGUGCAGCUCCUUCCCCAGCUGGGAAAGAACUCCAAGAACGGGAGCGCCCAGGAGCUGGAGAACCCCCUGGAGGAGAGCAAGGAGAGCGAGCAAGAGAAGAGCGGAGAGAAAGCAGGGCCGGACGUGGCCACUGUCACAGAGAUGAGUGCUUCGGGCAGCUCUGCAGCGAAGGACAGUGAUCAGAACAAAGAGCCAGCCUCCUCCGUGCCACCAGCAGCCCCCGUGGAGACGCCCGCCCCCACGGUGAUCCAGGGGCUGUCGGAGGACAUGACCACGCUGCUGAUCCGCGCCUGCGUCAGCAUGAUCAGCGUGCCCGUGGACCCCGACACGCUGCACGCCACGCUGCGGCUCUGCCUGCGGCUCACGCGCACCCACCAGUACGCCAUGAUGUUCGCCGAGCUGCGCACCCCCCGCAUGAUCCUGGGGCUGGCGCAGAGCUCCGGGUUCAACGGCUUCACUCCCCUCGUCACCCUGCUGUUCAGACACAUAAUUGAGGACCCGGCCACGCUGAGGCACACCAUGGAGAAGGUGGUUCGCUCCGCCGUGACAAGCGGGGCGGGCAGCACCACGUCGGGGGUGGUUUCGGGGAGCCUGGGCUCCAGAGAGAUCAACUACAUCCUGAGAGUGCUGGGGCCUGCGGCCUGCAGGGACCCUGACUGCUUCACUGAGGCAGCGACAAACUGCAUCCGCAUCGCACUGCCAGCACCCAGGGGCACAGGCACCGCCUCGGAUGACGAGUUUGAGAACCUGCGUAUCAAGGGUCCGAACGCAGUGCAGCUGGUGAAGACCACCCCCCUGAAACCGUCCCCUCUGCCCAGCAUCCCCGAGCCCAUCAAAGAGGUCAUCUACGACAUGCUGAACGCACUGGCAGCAUACCACGCUCCAGAGGAGGCUGAGCGCUCCGAGACUCGCAUGGUGACGGUGGCUGGCAGCCAGGACCUGUGUCAGAUCCUGCAGGACGUGGGAGACGACGUGUAUCAGCAGUACAGGCUGACCAGGCAGGGCAGCGACUUCGACUCGCAGACUGGAUUCACCCUCAAUGCUCAGGUGUUCGCGGCGGACGGCAGUGCAGCCGAAUCAUCACAGUCAGGAACGCCGCAGGGAGAAGCCUCCACCCCCGAGGAGCCCCGUGAUGGGAAGAAGGAGAAGGAGAAGGAAGACUCCAAGCUCAAGUCCAAGGGCAGCAAGCCCCUGAUGCCCACCUCCACCAUCCUGAGGCUGCUGGCAGAGCUGGUGAGGUCCUACAUGGGCAUCGCCUCCCUCAUCACGGGCUACUCCUACACCGCGGGCCAGUCUGAGCUCAUCAAAGAGGACUGCAGUGUGCUGGCUUUCGUUCUGGAUCACCUCCUGCCCCACACUCAGAGUGCGGAGGAUAAGGACACCCCUGCCCUGGCGCGGCUCUUCCUGGCCAGCCUGGCGGCCGCGGGGACAGGCACCGACGCCCAGGUUGCCCUGGUGAACGAGGUGAAGGCAGCGCUGAGCCGGGCGCUGGCCAUGUCCGAGAGCACGGAGAAACACGGCAGGUUGCAGGCAGUGAUGUGCAUCAUAAGCACCAUUAUGGAGUCCUGCCCCUCCACCUCCAGCUUCUACAGCACUGCGGCCACCAAGACCCAGCACAACGGCAUGAACAGCAUCAUCCGACUGUUCCUCAAGAAAGGGCUGGUCAACGACCUGGCCAGAGUGCCACACAGCCUGGAUCUGUCCAGUCCCAGCAUGGCUAACACCGUGAACGCUGCCCUGAAGCCUCUGGAGACCCUGUCCCGAAUCGUGAACCAGCCCAGCGGCCUGUUCGGCAGCAGGAGUGCAUCGAGCAAGAUCAAGAAUGGGCAGGACCAGCACGGGACAGCCCGGGACCAGAACAGCACCGCACAGGACCAGGGAGACCCCGGAGAGAUGGGGGUCCUCGGGGAGCGCUCUGCCCCACCCCCCGGCACGGACGCCGACCUCAUGGACGGAGAGACGGAGGGGGACAGCGUGGUGAUCGCGGGACAGCCCGAGGUGCUGAAUGCACAGGAGAUGCAGGUAGAGAAUGAACUAGUGGACCUGAUCGAUGAACUACUGGAGAGAGACGGAGGAACAGUCAACAGCACCAUCAUAGUUGGACGCAGCGGGGAAGACGAGUCUCAGGAGGACGUGUUGAUGGAUGAGACGCCCUCCAGCCUUUGCCAGAGCUCCACGCUGCAGGCUAACCAGGAAGAUUCGAUGAAUAUCCUGGACCCAGAGGAUGAGGAGCACACCCAGGAGGAGGAUAGCAGCGGCAGCAACGAGGACGAAGACAGCCAGGACGAGGAAGAGGAGGAGGAGGAGGAGGACGAGGAAGAAGAGGAUGACCAGGAUGACGAGGAGGGAGAGGAAGGUGACGAGGAGGAUGAUGAUGAUGAUGAUGGCUCGGAGAUGGAGCUGGAUGAAGAUUACCCCGACAUCAACGCCGCUCCGCACAUCCGCUUCGAGAGAUUCGACAGGGAGGACGAUCUCAUCAUUGAGUUCGACAACAUGUUCUCUACAGCCACAGAUAUGCCCCCCUCCCCUGGUAACAUCCCCAGCACUCACCCCCUGAUGGUGCGCCACGCUGACCACGGCGCCCUGUCCCUGGGGGCGGGCAGCUCCACCACCCGGCUAGCCCAGGGCAUGGGCCGGAGCCAGCGGACCCUUCGACAGCUCACCACCAAUAUGAGCCACACCAUCCACGUGCACUACCCAGGGAACAGGCAGCCCAACCCUCCGCUCAUACUGCAGAGGUUGCUGGGCCCCUCUGCUGCUGCUGACAUCCUGCAGCUCUCCAGCUCUCUUCCCCUGCAGUCCCGCGGUCGCGCUCGCCUGCUGGUCGGGAACGAUGACGUUCACAUCAUCGCCCGAUCGGACGACGAGCUGCUGGACGACUUCUUCCACGAGCAGAGCGCCCCGGGGGCGCAGGCCGGCACCCUGUCCAGUAUCCCCACGGCUCUGACCCGCUGGACUGACGAGUGUAAGGUUCUAGAUGCAGAGAGCGUGCACGACUGCGUGGCAGUGGUGAAGAUCCCGAUCGUGCAGCAUCUGGAGAGACUGAGAGACGAAGAGCUGGAGGAACGCAGAGAGAAGAGGAGGAAGCAGCUGACUGAGGAGGAAGAGGCAAAGCAGAACGAGAAGAGCAGAGCCGAGGAGAAGGAGGAGAGCAUGCAGACUCCUGGAUCCAGGACUGUGGAGACUGCAGGUCAGUCUCAAGCAGAUGGCGAUCAACCCCAGCUGGUCUCCUCCUCCUCCUCCCUGGACACCCCCCGAGGCUCGGAGGGCUACCUCACGGCCCCCCCCUCGGGAGAGGGGACCCCCACAGGCCCCGAGGCCCUGGUCACCCUGGAAACGGCGGUGGGACAGCGACAGCUGAUGGCAGGCCGGUUCUCUGAGCUGCACUGUGAUCUCGCGGCCGCGAUGACAUCGGAGCCGGCAGAGGGCUCACAGAUGGAGACGUCUCCUGCCCCCACGAUUGCCUCUCUCUCUCCGGAGCGAGCUGAAGUCCUGGACUCCCUCACCGCCAUCGGCUCCCAGCUCGAAGGGUCUCCCAUGGAUACCAGCAGCCCCGCCUCCGCCGGAACUGUGGAGGAGACCGUCGCCACGGCAGCGCCGACCGCAGGCAGCGCACAGCUCCAAGGGGGAGGAGCCGGGGAGGAGAGCGAGACUCGCAGGGACCGAGAGAGCGGCUUGGCUCCCGCCUCCUCCACGGGGGAGGGUCUUGCUGCGAAUGACGGCACCAGCGGCCAAUCCCAGACCACCCAGGAGGAGCCCCUCCCCUCUACCAGCAGGGAAGAGGACGACCCGCUGGCAGGAAUCAGCCUCCCUGAGGGAGUGGAUCCCUCCUUCCUGGCUGCUCUUCCAGAGGACAUCCGCAGAGAGGUGCUGCAGAACCAGCUGGGCAUUCGCCCCCCCGCCAGCGCGCCCGCGCCCGCACCCCUCCCUGCCCUCGUGGGCAGUGCCGGGGUCACAGAGGUCAGCCCUGAGUUCCUGGCCGCGCUGCCCCCAGCCAUUCAGGAGGAGGUCCUGGCCCAGCAGAGGGCAGAGCAGCAGCGACGGGAGCUGUCCCAGACCCCCACGGGCGACGCCCCCCUGGACCCGGUCACCUUCAUCCAGACCCUGCCCUCUGAUCUGCGGCGCAGCGUGCUGGAGGACAUGGAGGACAGCGUGCUGGCCGUGAUGCCCCCGGACAUCGCGGCCGAGGCCCAGGCCCUGCGGCGGGAGCAGGAGGUCAGGCAGAGGCAGCUCAUGCACGACACGCUCUUCGGACACAGUAGCUCUUCCGCGCUGUCUGCCAUCCUGCGCAGCCCCGCCUUCACCAGCCGGCUUGGAGGGAACAGGGGGGUGCAGUACACCCGCCUCGCCGUGCAGAGGGGGGGCGCCUUCCAGAUGGGGGGCAGCGGCAGCCACACCCGACCCACCAGCUCCAACGUGGACUCCCUCCUGCGUCUCCGUGGCCGUCUCCUGCUGGACCACGAGGCCCUGUCCUGCCUGCUGGUGCUGCUCUUCGUGGACGAGCCCAAGCUGAACACCAGCCGCCUGCACCGGGUCCUUCGAAACCUGUGCUACCACAGCCAGACCCGGGGCUGGGUGAUCCGGAGCCUCCUGUCCAUCCUGCAGCGCAGCAGCGAGAGCGAGCUGUGCAUCGAGAGCCCCCGCCCCCAGGAGGAGAGGGGCAGCAAGCGCCCGGCCUCCGCAGCCUGCAGCAGAGGGGUUCCCUGUGGAGCCUCCACCGGUCCUUCCACGGCUCUGUCCUCUUCCUCCUCCUCCUCCUCCUCUCCGCUCGAGCUGCUCCACAAGGUGGAGUCCAAGAGCUCUAGCCAGCUGUCCUGGCUGUCUGUCUCCAUGGACGCGGCGCUCGGCUGCAGGACCAGCAUCUUCCAGAUCCAGAGGUCGGCCGGGCGCAAGCACGCGGAGAGGCACAGCGGGGGGGGUGCUGGAGGAGGGGGAGGAGGAGGGGGCUCCACCGUUCACAUACACCCCCAGGCUGCUCCAGUGGUGUGCAGACAUGUGCUCGACACGCUGAUCCAGCUAGCCAAGGUAUUCCCCAGCCACUUCACCCAGCAGAGAUCGAAGGACCCCCUCUCGUCGUCGUCCUCGGACGGCGACAGCAGGGAGAGGCUGGGUGGGGGGGGCGGAGUGAAGCCCCCCUCUUCUGGGGGUCUGACCCCUUCCUGCCCUCCCAGCCAGCCCGCUCCCUCCCUGUCCACCCUCCAGACCCUGGGCCUCUCCACGGACUUCUGGGACCUGCUCGUGAAACUGGACAACAUGAACGUGAGCCGCAAGGGCAAGGCGUCGGUGAAGUCCCUGCCCGCAGGGGGCGCCGGGGAGUCGGAGGGCCCCCAGUGCAGCCUGGAGGCCUCCCCUCUGGGGCAGCUGAUGAACAUGCUCUCCCACCCGGUCAUCCGCCGCAGCUCCCUGCUGACCGAGAGGCUGCUGCGGCUGCUGUCCCUCGUCUCCAUCGCGCUGCCGGACAAUAAGGCUGGCGAGGGCCCCGCCCCUCACCUGCAGGCCCCGCCCGCCCCCGUGGGAGCCAUGGCGACGACCGCGGCGGUCGCCACCACGCUGCCAGCCGGCGUUGCCAGCAGCACAGCCGCGGCCCCCAAGCCCUCCCGUUCCCCAGCAAAGGCCUGCCUGGACUCAGCCGGCCUCUCCGAUGGCAAGCUGGCGUUGAGUGGACUCACCGAGAAGCAGCUGCAGCUCUCCGUGGAGGUGCUGACGUCUCACUCGUGUUCAGAGGAAGGACUGGAGGACGCGGCCAACAUCCUGCUUCAGCUGUCCCGGGGGGACUCGGGGACGAGGGACACGGUCCUCAAGCUGCUGCUGAGCGGAGCGAGACACCUGGGCUACACACUGUGCAAGCAAAUCGGCACUCUGCUGGCCGAGCUGAGGGAGUAUAAUCUGGAUCAGCAGAGGAGGGUGCAGGCAGACGCCCCUUCGCCGGACGCGCUGAGCGAAGAGCAGACCCUGAGCACCAAACUGAAGGGCAAGGUCUCCAGCAGGUUCGACGUGGCGGAGAGCGUGGUCAUCGUGGCCUCUCAGAAGCGCUCUCUGGGCGGCCGCGAGCUGCAGCUGCCCUCCAUGAGCUCCCUGACCUCCAAGACCUCCACGCAGAAGUUCUUCCUGCGAAUGCUGCAGGUCAUCAUCCAGCUGAGAGAGGACACGCGGCGCGCCAACAAGAAGGCAAAGCAGAGCGGCAGACUGGGCACCUCCAGUCUGGGCUCUGCCAGCAGCAUCCAGGCUGCGGUCCGACAGUUGGAAGCGGAGGCCGACGCGAUCAUCCAAAUGGUACGUGAGGGUCAGAGAGCCAGGAGGCUGCAGCACACUGCCGGGACUACCGGCACCACCCCCACCCUCACCACCUCCAGCGUGCCUGCUGCUGCUGCCAGCACCACAGUCACUGCCUCCUCCGCUACGUCUGAAACCCCCCAGGCAGAAGCCCCCUUGGGUCGGAGGGAUGAGUCCCUGAUGGACGUUGAUCAGCUGUCCCCGGCUGGACAAGAGUCCUCGGCUCUGGGGGCCGAGUCCAGCAGCUCCCUGGCUGUGGAGCAGGAGGAGGAGAAGCUGCCUGAGCUUCCCCUGCUGAGCGAACAGCUGCUCCUGGACGAGCUGUGGAGCAUGCUGGGAGAAUGCCUGAAAGAGCUGGAGGAGUCCCACGACCAGCACGCUGUACUGGUUCUGCAGCCAGCUGUGGAAGCGUUCUUCCUCGUGCACGCCACGGAGCGAGAGAGCAAGCCGCCCGUGCGAGACACCAGGGAGAGCCAGCUGUCGCACAUCAAGGACGAGCCCCCUCCCCUGUUCUCCGCUCGACCCCCCAGUCCGGAACCCCGGGACGGGGGGAGCUGGGGGCGCGGUGGGGGGGGAGGAGCCUCCUCCAUGAAGAAGUCUCUCCCAUCUGGGAGGAGGUACGUACAGGAGGAGGUUGGACGGGGGGCUGAAACUCACCGCACUGUCCUCAAUCAGAUCCUUCGUCAGUCCACCACUCACCUGGCGGACGGACCCUUCGCCGUGCUGGUGGAUUACAUCAGGAUACUGGACUUCGAUGUCAAGCGCAAGUAUUUCCGUCAGGAGCUGGAGCGCCUGGAUGAGGGGCUGCGGAAGGAGGACAUGGCCGUCCACGUGAGGCGAGACCACGUGUUUGAGGAUUCUUACAGGGAGCUGCAUCGCAAGAGCCCUGAGGAGAUGAAGAACAGAUUGUACAUUGUGUUUGAAGGGGAGGAGGGUCAGGACGCGGGGGGCUUGCUGAGAGAGUGGUACAUGAUAAUUUCCAGGGAGAUGUUCAACGCCAUGUACGCCCUGUUCCGCACCUCCCCCGGCGACCGGGUCACCUACACCAUCAACCCCUCCUCUCACUGCAACCCCAACCACCUCAGCUACUUCAAAUUCGUGGGCCGAGUCGUGGCCAAGGCCGUGUACGACAACCGCCUUCUAGAGUGCUACUUCACACGCAGCUUCUACAAGCACAUCCUGGGCAAGAGCGUCCGGUACACCGACAUGGAGAGUGAGGAUUAUCAUUUCUAUCAGGGGCUCGUCUACCUGCUGGAGAACGACGUGUCCACGCUGGGGUACGAGCUGACCUUCAGCACUGAGGUCCAGGAGUUCGGGGUGUGUGAGGUGAGAGACCUGAAGCCCAACGGAGGCAAUAUCCUUGUCACGGAGGAGAACAAGAAGGAAUACGUGCACUUAGUCUGCCAGAUGAAGAUGACAGGCGCAAUCCGCAAACAGCUGGCAGCGUUUCUGGAAGGGUUCUACGAGAUCAUUCCGAAGAGGCUGAUCUCCAUCUUCACAGAGCAGGAGCUGGAGCUCCUUAUCUCGGGACUGCCGACCAUCGACAUCGACGACCUCAGAGCAAACGCAGAGUACCACAAGUACCAGUGCAGCUCAAUACAGAUCCAGUGGUUCUGGCGGGCCCUGCGCUCCUUCGACCAGGCGGACCGAGCCAAGUUCCUGCAGUUCGUGACGGGCACCUCCAAGGUGCCUCUGCAGGGCUUCACCGCGCUGGAGGGCAUGAACGGCAGCCAGAAAUUCCAGAUUCACAGAGAUGACCGAUCCACGGACAGGCUGCCCUCCGCGCACACGUGUUUUAACCAGCUGGACCUCCCUGCGUAUGAGAGCUAUGAGAAGCUCCGUCACAUGCUGCUGCUUGCCAUCCAGGAGUGCUCUGAAGGGUUCGGACUGGCGUAACCACGGCGAGAGAGAGAGGAGAGCGCACACGAGAACGGCAUCACCCUCCACUGAGCCUUCUGACUGGACUUGAACCCGGAGCCGGAGCAAGACAGCUCAGCCGCUAGAGAGAAAUCACACACAGACUGCAACAGCACAGCCACGCCUGACCGAGAACAAGCAGGAGCGAACGGAGGGAUCUGUAGAUCUGACUAGAGGGGUUUUCUAACAAGAGAUUGACGACAGACAAGCGAGAAAGGAAAUGUUUAAAAUGAGAGAGAGAGAGAGAGAGAGAAAUGCAUUUUGGAAAUAAUAGUGAAAUAUUAAACAGUGUGAUUUAGAUGGGAUUCUGUUUGCUUCUCUACGGAAUAUGUGCAACAUGUCCUGAAAAUAAUAAUAUUAUUGUUAUUAAAAUUGCAAAAAAUACAA